AUGGAAGGAUUUUACGGUGUGGAGGUCAGCGCUGGGCAACAGGUGAAGCCCAAGAUCCCCGAGGAGCACGCACUCCGCCUGACCCAAAUCGCUCUCCCGGCAAACGCCAGCGCCGCUGUUUCCCUGAUUGUUUCAUUCCAGGGAAAGCAGUUCACCAUUGCCACACUUGACCCCAAGAAGAACGUCUUUCAGAUGAGCACUGACCUUGUUCUCACGCAGGGGCAACCCUUGACUCUUAGCGCCACUGGUGCUGGAUGCGUGCAUGUGACCGGGUACGUUCAGCCCGUUGGCAACGACCUUGACAGCCUUGGCAGUCACGAUUUUGCUGAUGACGAGGAGGACGAUGAUGAUGACGAGGAGGAGCUCGAGGCUGUUCCCGCAAAGAAGAUGAACGGAGCUGUUGCCCCUGCUUCCGAUGAUGAUGACGAUGAUGAAGAAGAUGACGAAGACGACGAGGAGGCAAUGAGCGGUGACGACGACGAUGAAGAGGGCGAUGACGAAGACGACGAGGAG